AUGUACGAAACUGACGAGAGUCAGAAGGCACAGAAGUUUGUUUCAGGAUUGCAAGUAAGUCUACAACAAGUUUUAAGCGGGUGGGACGUUGAUACCUACAAAGAAGCGUUACACCUAGCUCUCACCAUUGAGAGAAACCUGACGCGGGUGAAAAUAAUCAAAACUGAAGAAGGGAGCAAGGGCGAUAAGCCGGGAAAUUUAGCGGCUCAAUCUAAGGACAAAGGGAAGUGCCCUCGAUGUAAGAAGAAACACAUUGGGAAAAGAUGUAUCAUAAAAUGCUAUGGAUGCGGCGAGGAAGGCCACAUUGGACGAAACUGCCUGAAGAUCAAAGGAACGCCCCAAGUUGGGUACCAGGGAAAGGUGGUGUGCUACAAUUGCGGGCAACCAGGGCAUAUCUCGUGA